AUGGUUUAUGUGGGAAAAACAGAACUGUCUGAAAGACAUUUAAGUGGAGACUCUACGCCUCAAAAUACCAGGCUGAAAUCCCAGCCUACAUGGAGCAUUAUUCAUGCUGGUGGAGAACUUGGUUGGGUUCCUUGGAACUACAGGAUGCACUUCUAUUUGAGUGGCACAGCGCUGAAACCAGACAAGGAAAUAUUCCAAGAGCUGUGUUCUGAGAUAUAUGACCACUAUGGGAAAUGUGCCAUUAUACUUAACCCAGAUAUCAUGAGUAAAAGGCAGAUCAAGGAAAAUGAAUUCUCUGUCUAUUCUACAGUUCCAGUGGAGCUUCUACCAAUGGCCUGUUGUCCAGAAGUGGCCCGAUACCACGGCCAUAUAAUGUUGCACAUACCCAUGCACUAUGCGCAUCUAAGUCCUCUCAACACUGCAUGGAUCACUGCCAAAUGGUUCACGAUUAAUAACAGAGAUAAAUACACAGAUGUGUAUAACAACAGAAACGGCUUGCAUAAAGUGAUCAGAUGCAGCGGUGACCCCAUGGACAUCACCAGAGACUGGGUUUCCUCCUUUCUGGUGCUUUGCCAGGCCUUAACUGCAGCUGUCUUCAGUUGA